AGCAAUUGAAAUUUUCAUUUGAGACAUAGGAAACAAACUAAGGGACCAACAUGGCUGAUUACUCAUCUUAUAAAGAGACCUCCAAUCGGCAUGUGCGCUUCAAACUUCAGAGCCUCAGUCGCCGCCUUGAUGAGUUAGAGGAAGCAACUAGAAAUCUCCAGAAAGCAGAGGAUGAGCUUUUAGACUUGCAGGACAAAGUGAUCCAGGCAGAAGGCAGCAACUCCAGCAUGUUGGCUGAUGUGGAAGCCUUGCGAAAGAGAGUUCUGAAAAUAGAAGGGAAAGAUGAGGAGAUCCGAAAGGCAGAAGAGCUGUGCCAGCUGAUGAAGACCAAGCUUGAGGAAGAGGAAAGCCUCACCCGAGAGCUGAAAUCUGAAAUUGAGAGGCUUCAGAAGCGAAUGGCUGAGCUGGAGAAGCUGGAGGAGGCUUUUGGUCGGAGUAAGAACGACUGCACUCAACUUUGCCUCAGCCUCAAUGAGGAGAAAAACCUGACCAAGAAAAUUUCGACAGAACUGGAAGUUCUUAGGGCCAAAGUGAAAGAACUGGAACAGUCAGAAGACCGGCUUGAUAAAACGGAGCAAAGCUUAGUGAGUGAACUGGAAAAACUGAAAUCUUUAGCUCUCAUUUUUGUCAGUGAAAGAAAACACUUCACGGAAAAGGAGAAGCAGAACGAAAAGUUGAUACAAGAGCUCACCCAAAAGCUGGAACAGAAUAACAAACUAAAUCGGGCCGAUCAGACACGCAAUACGUCAAAUCUGCUGGAGAGAUCAUCCAAUAGUAUAAUUGACAGAAAUGACUUAAGGAUUGAGGUCGACUUAACAACUUCAGCACUAUCCUCAAAAGAAACCAGGAGAAAAGCCAGCUUGGACUACCUAAAACUUGUGGAAAACGAAACUCGAAACAAAUCCGAAAACCAGAAGAAUAAAAACCAAGAAGACAACAAAGUGAAGGACCUCAACCAAGAAAUUGAGAAGCUUAAGACCCAAAUGAAACAUUUUGAGCCUUUAGAAGAGGAGCUUAAAGCCCUCAGAGCCAAAAACAAUGAUCUCCAUGACAGCUACUUGAGUGAACAGAAUAAGAAUAAGAUCCUGGUGGGUCAGCUGGAAGAAAUAAAAACGCAGAUGGAAAAGCAUAAAGAGCUGGAGAACGGUGAAGCAGAGAUGGAGGAGGUGAACGUGCCCAGCAGAGUUAAGCACGACCGACCCAAGCAUCGAAUUGUUACGGCUGAGUCAGCCGUUCCCAAGCAUAAGUCACGGGAACUUUCACCUCAGCACCGGCGGGAGAGGCUACGCAAUCGAGAAUUGAAUAAUGAGUGUUACAGCCAAGGAAGCAAGCGAGUUACAAGCCCUACUACGAACAGCAGAAGAGCAGCCAAAACAUCUGGUACAUCCACUUCAUUAGACACUGUAGCAACUGAUGCUAAACGGGUGGAAGACAAAUCAACCUUGGGUACAAACAAUUCUCCACCAAAAGAGAGCAGCGCCUCCCCCACGGAAGUGAAGAAGUCUAGGGAGCAGCCUCCCGUGCUUAGCCGUUAUCCACCUGCAGCCCAGGAGCAUAAAGCUUGGAAGGUCUCUUCAAAACCCAAAAAUGGAAAUACCAUGAGGAGUAGAGUUGAAAAAGUGCCCCAACCACUGAAUGAUGCUCAUCAUUUUAAACCUGACAGACUUGAAGAGCAGCCCAGCAAACCAGACUUUGCAGGACCAUCUUCUGAAAAGGGACUAAAGAUGCAUGUCACCGAAUCACUGGUUCUUGCAACAGAGACUCACACCUCCAAAGCUAACUGUGGGCCAUCGAAUGGUGCUGCUUUGUCCUACGGGCAGUAUCUCUCAGGAGAAACCCUAACUUCUGAACCAGGGAGCUUGAAGGUGGAAACUGUAGUUUCAGCUUGCAGGCAGCACUUGGAGGAGGGCUGUCAAAAGACAGCCAACUUCCAAGACAGAGAGUCUAUGGACCCUUCACUUGAAAGGACAAAAUCUUCUCUUUUAACAAAGUCUUGGCUCAUCUCGGGGAGCCAAGAAGAUCUCUUGCGGAGUCAUCCAAUUCCUCAAAAAGAAAUAGACCAAACUCUUUUGUCGACUGUAAACUGCAGUAAUUUGGACUUAAAAGCAACAGCGGCAAGAUCCAAAGCUGUCAAUCCCAGCCGUAUUGAGAAAUCUGGCAUCAAUGGGGGGACAAGUAAAAUUGGAAAUAUUUCUGCUACUUUUGAUUUGGGAAUAAAAAGAGAAACCACUUCCCGAGAAUUCACAAGCUCCAGGGGAUCAGUACAUACGUCUUCCUUUGAAAAUGAUAAAAAUGCCAGCAGCGAAGAAGACCUCAGUAGACCAUCCAAAAUGGCACCAGCUGGUGCGAUGUCUGGGUUGAAAUCCCGACGGCCCUUUAGUCCAAGGGAAGCUCUGCGCUCUAAAGCUAUAAUCAAACCUGCAAUUGUGGAGAAGGAUGUGAAGGAAAUCAUGGGUGGUGUGGGUUCUGGUCUGGAAGGCAGCUUUGAAAAACAGCAUCCCACCUGUAGGACAGUGGCACAUAAAAUGACCAGCAGUAUCACCAUUUACCCAUCUGAGCCAAUUACUUCAAGGAGCAGCACAAUUGACACCACAAAGGAACAGCUACAUGCAACAGUUGGCAGUGUUCAAGCCAUUCCAAAUGAACUGUCACCAGGAGCAGAUGCAGCCAGCAUCCCUAGUGAGUUAUCACUUAACAAGAGCAGUAUAACCUUGAAGUUGCCAGAGACUGAUAAAAAUGGAGACUCUCUUCUGAGAAGCAGAGUUGAAACGGUCAUCUCCAAAAGUACCAUUACAAUAAAGCCUUCGGACAGCACUGAAAAAACCAGUGAACCGCCCAUGGAGACGGUUGGUUGGAAGAGUCACAGUGCUCCGGGGACAAACUCAUCUGAGACCAAGCACGUCACGGUAAGGAGCUCAUGGCGGACAAGGCGAGCACUGCAUUCUUUGGAAGACUCUGCAGCCAAGGCAGCUGAACAUGCAAGUCCUCGGACUCCAUGCAGGUCAUCUACCGAUCCUUCUAAACCAGAAGGGACCACGGCACGCAUCUAUGCGAUCGAGCAGAAUUCCAGAAGGGCCAGUGCCGGGAUAAAUUCUUGGAAUACUCCAGAAUUAGACUCUAGAAGGACCAAAAGUAGCUUGAGUGCAUCCGAGAUGCUGAGCCAGAAAAGCUGUGUCAGUGAUCUUGUGAUGGCUUCCCCUUGGAAUUGCACAGUAAUGCCAGAAGACAAAGAUUUUGUCCCCAGUUCCAGAAGAAAAACAUACGGCUCCUCUGAGCAACUGACACUAAGGAAGAGGCCGGAAAUCAAGGUGGAACUGCCCCACCAACUCCCAAGCAGCAGGGCUGAGGAGCGGAGGCGAUGGUCCAGAGACCACUCAGAAGCCAACUGAGAUGGCUGAGGCGCAUUUGCAUGACCUCCAGACCUGGAACUCCAUCUCUCCCCUUCUCCUGCUGCUGCCAGUCCACCAUGGGGACUGAUAUGGUGCCUGACCUUUAGCUCCUUUCCACGCUCAAGCUCUCUCCCCCUUCCUCCCAGCCUCAGAUGGACUUUUCUUUUAAUGGUGGCUUUGCGUUUUCCUUCUCCUCAGUGAAGGAGGACGUGGAGACUUUGCUCAGGGGAAUCCCAUUCCAGAACCUUACCGAGCUCAGAUCAGUGGAAACCCUCAGCUAGCAACUGACUGGAGGCAUCCAAGAACUUUGGAUUCUCGGCUUGGGUGUUUGUUGACUCCGUUCCCAGAGAAGCUUUUGGCUUUGUUUGACUUGAAAGUCCCAUGGAGGAUCACUCUGGACUUGUGUCUGCUGGUCCUCAGCUUUGGAGAGCCAUUUAUCUGACACCUUCUGGUCACAAAUGCUUGAAGAAAGAAUGGCCUAGCAGGGAACAUGGGCCAUUGCUUCACAGUAGCAGCACCUCUUCUUCCCCCUCCUUGUCCGCACUGCAACAGCUUGGCCGCUCGUACUGAACGUUUGGCUGAGCCACACAGAGAAGCAAUAAAUUGGGAUGCAUCUGUUCCAGCAUCUCCUGCUCCACAGACAGGGACUGGGGCGGCGAGGGUUUGUGGGUUUUAUCUGGCCUCAAAACAAGUCUCUGCUUCCUUUCUUUACAGCACGGCACACUCCUCGCAAGCCCAGCCAGACUUGGGAUACGCAACUCUGCCUGGACUGGGCUGGUUGGAGUGCGGAAUCUCAUUGACAAGCCUCCCGCCCCAAUCCCAACCAAAUCCCACCCUGAUCCAAGGGCAUGGGACCCAGCUUGCUCAGUGGGGCUGUUCUGACAUUACUUGAACAAACCACUGGAAGACUCAAGUGCGGCCAGCAGUGGGUGAUGUCGGAUUUGGUCAGCACCUCGACACAUCCUUGGGGGGAGGGUGGACACAUUCCUUUAUUUCUGCUACCUCACCACUUGCUUGGACAAAAGGACCAGCGUAUAAUCUUCCAGAGACACAGUUGGCUGCCCUCUUCCACCUCUGAAACAGCGAACUGAACUUUGUUCACACAACCAUCCCAGCCCCCCAGGUGUGUUUCCCAUCAUCUUCUGUGCGUUUUGCUCUGAUGCUGCUGCAUAGCAAGUCUUCUUCCCUGCCUCUGCCCCAGUUUGCUAAGGUGGGACUCAAAAACUGAUCAGAACUAGCUGUUCUUCUCUAUUAGAAUAAGCCUCUCUCA